GAGCGAGGUUUCUCGGGAAAUCCGACAUCUUGACGUUGGAUGCUGGUGGAGAAAUCCGGUAUUGAUGUUUAAAGGCAUUAGACAUCAUGAGUGACAUCGUCGAUGACAUCAUGUCAAAUGAAUAAUUAUGACAUUUCGUUUGGAAAUUUGAGAAUUGGACUGAAUGCUCUUCCAGAUUCUGAUGUUCCACAGCCAUCUAAGACGCUGUCAAAACAGAGUUGGUCGUUUUUGACAGAAUUCUGUGGAGCUGUGGAAGGAGACGGGAGAAACCUUCUAAAAUUUUCUCUCAACAUAAAAGGGUACGCUGUGGAUGUGAAGCCGUUGCUUAGGGGAGAUCGUCGUCUCCAUGAGGAACUGAAAGUCAUCUUUAUUUAGAGUACUACAAUUUUUGUCAGAGACUUGAAGCGACAAGAGUGCAAUAUCACACCUUGGGGAAGACUCGUUCCUCCCUUAGUAACUAUUUCCAUAGCAACAGUAACAGGGUCACAACUUCACCAUGGCAACUACAACAUGUGGUACAUGCUCAAAGAUAGUACUUUUCAUAGUCAACUUUGUUUUUUGGCUGAGCGGCAUCGCAGUACUAGGGCUUGGAAUUUGGGUCAGCAUCGACCGGAACACAUUGGACUUUCUUAGAUUGUUUGACUUUCCCAUCUUACGCAACUUGGGCUUCGCUAUGAUUGGUAUCGGAUUCUUCGUCACGAUACUUGGGUUUAUAGGAUGCUUCGGGGCUUGUCAUGAGUCAAAAUGUAUGCUGUGGACUUAUUUUGUCUGCGUUUUGUUCCUGAUACUGGCUGAAAUAGUCUGCAUAGCUUUAACCUUCUCUUAUACCCAAGAGGUGAAAGAUUUUGUGAAGGGGCAAAUGCAUAGCUCACUUAUACAAGAAUAUAGCACUACUCGAAAUGGUUUUGUCAAAUCAGUGGAUGGUAUGCAAGCUCAGUUAAUGUGUUGCGGAAACUCUAACCAUCUUGACUGGCAACAAAGUCAAUGGUACAACGAAGUGAAAAAUGCUGAGAACCGAGGCUAUAACACCACAGUCCCAGAUUCCUGCUGCGUACGAGACCUCACAGAUGAUGGAGAGUACACUUAUAAGGACCGGCAAAAAUGCCAAGGUUCUGAACCAUCUGAAUUCAGAUUCCAACAGGGUUGCUAUGACGCCCUGUAUGGGACUUUUUUUGAGUACAUCUGGUUAUUAGGAGGAAUCUGUAUCGGGAUUGCAGUAUUACAGGUUCUUAUUUUGAUAGUCACCGUUUUCUUGUUAAGAAACCUCACCGAUGACUAUGACUAAUGCACAAUUUGAACGCAGAUUACAAAAAGAUUUAAAAGAUAAAACCUAAAACAACAGAAAGUUUGACAACUGAGUGACAAAGUACCUUUGUGUACUGUGCAUUAUAACAAGAAUACCUGCUGCAAUAAAGAGAUGUGUAUAUUGUUUAUCAGUGAGCGUGUACAAACAAAUCGUCAACAAAGAAGAAGAAAAAACGGUGGUGCGAAAAAAAAGUUGCGUCCAACAAUUCAGAUGACCAAUUUGUGGAGUUGACGUUUGUUUUAGAUUUAAGUCCUGAUCAUCGAUUGGACGUUUUUUUUUAGAAUUUGUUAGCACCUCGUUUCCCAUUGGCUAGUUUGGACUGUAAUUAUGCUGUUGUGUGGUUUGGUAGAACCAGUUGACUUCAUUGCAGUUACAUUCAGUGGGUUGAUAUUAGGUAAACAAAAGUGUUCGGGUGACUCAUUGUUAGUAAUGAGAAGUCACGAAUGAUAAUGCUAAGUCAUGAAUAUUAAUGAGUUGUCAUUAAUAUUCAUGACUCAAAACUAAACUGUGCCAAACUUGAGGCUCUAUAUUGUAUGAGUGAGCUUGAAAUCUAGAAAACGAAAGUUAUUCGUACCAUUUUUGCUCAAAAGCCUUCUCCCUUGGCUUAAAACUACCAAUGCUUAAAACUACCAAUACAGUAGUUGGCGUCAGAAAUAAAACGCAUCCAAAGUAGAUAGGUUUCAUUGGAUGAAAUUCUGCACAAACUACAAGUUUGAAAUUGCACAUUCCCUAAGUAUUCAGCUUGAUUGUUGUAUACAGAUUUUUAAACAAAAUAGUGAACAGGCAGUUUUUUUUCCUGCGGUGACGAGACUUCUUAUUUGGAGUAAAUAUCUCAG